AAUGCAUUUGCCGCUCCCCUAAUGAAACUUAUGUACGUUUACCACUGCCACAGCUUCAAUUCUUGCAUGCUAGGCUAAUUUUGCAGAAAAUAUAGAGGAAGAAAGCAAGUUAUUCAUGACUCAUUCAUGUCCAACUGAUGUCACUAAUAGUGUGUGGUUUGUUGAUAGCGGCUGCUCAAAUCACAUGACUCGUUCAAGGACCUUAUUCAAGGAUCUUGAUGAGAUGCAAAAUGGUGAAGUGCGGAUGGGAGAUGACAAGCAAGUUCAGGUUGCAGGCAAGGGCACCGUGGCGAUAAAAACUACUUAAAGUGAUGUCAAACUUCUUCAUAAUGUGCAAUUUGUGCCUAGUUUAGCUCAUAAUCUGCUAAGUGUUGGUCAGUUAAUGAGUAGCAGAUACUCUCGUGUGUUUAAAAAUGAAACAGGUGUCAUUAGCGAUAAGAAGUCAGGGUAGAUUAUAGCUAAUAUUGAUAAGUCCCCAAAUAAUAUGUUCUCACUGGAUGUGUCAAAUAGAUUGACUAGAGCUUUGGUUGCCAAAGGGAAUUGUGAGUCAGAACUAUGGCAUUUACGUUAUGGUCACUUGCACAUGAAGGGGCUUAAACAGUUAAAUCAAAAGGAGAUGGUGAUAGGUUUACCGCAAAUUACUGAACAGUUGCUUUGUGAAGGGUGUGUAUAUGGAAAGCAAUGUAGGAUGCCUUUUCCUAAUGGGAAGGCAUGGAGAGCUUCUAGCUCUUUGGAUCUUGUGCAUGCUGAUUUGUGCGGGCCUAUGAAAACGCAGUCAAUUGGUGGGAGUCGCUACUUCUUAUUGUUUAUUGAUGACUAUACUCGGAUGAGUUGGGUUUAUUUCUUGAAGUUAAAAUCUGAGGCUUUUGAUAGCUUUAAGGAGUUCAAGGCUUUGGUGGAGAACCAAAGUGGCAAACACAUCAAGACACUUCGAACGGAUCGUGGUGGUGAAUUCUUAUCUAAUGAGUUCACUUCUUUCUAUGAUGAGCAUGGUAUUCGCAGGGAGCGCAGCUAACAGCACCAUAUACGCCACAGCAAAACGGCGUUGCAGAGCGUAAAAACAGAACCAUAGUUGAGAUGGCUCGAAGUAUGUUAAAAGCAAAAGAGAUGUCAGACAGGUUUUUGGGUCAAGCUGUAGCAACGGCGGUGUACCUUCUGAACAUAUCAUCUACAAAGUCCGUCAUGAAUCAGACUCCCUUUGAAGCUGGAGAGGUAAGAAUCCACGCCCAAGCCACUUAAGAGUCUUUGGUUGUGUAGCGUAUGCUUUGGUUCCUUCUCAGUUACGUCACAAACUUGAUUGUAAAUCUGAAAAAUGCAUAUUCGUUGGCUAUAAUGUUGAAUCCAAAGCAUACAUGCUAUAUAAUCCCGUGAGUGGCAAAGUGAUUGUAAGCAAAGACAUCAAAUUUGAUGAAGGUGGAAAGUGGUCGUGGAGUGGUGAUAACCAGACAGAGGUUGCUGUUGAAACCAUUGAGGUAAGUGAACCUACAGAAUCAGAAUGUGUUAACGAGCAGCAUGAGGGCAGCAGUAGUUCAGGGAGUAGUAGUACCACUUUUACUCCACAUAUCAGCCCAUCAGGUGGAAAUUCAAUUGGGAGCAGCUCUAUAGCCUCAUCAUACUCUCCAGGAAACUCCUCCAGCGGCACCCCUCCAAAACACUUCUGGUCCCUUCGGGAUGUAUAUCGGACGUGUAACUUUGCAUUAUGUGUCACAGGUCCUGUUUCUUAUGAAGAGGUAGCAAAAGAAGAAAUAUGGGAAAAGGCAAUGCAAGAUGAGAUGGCAGCUAUGGAAAAGAACGAUACAUGGCAGUUGGUUUAUUCGCCAAAAGACAAGAACAUAAUAGGUCUCAAGUGGGUGUUCCGCACAACGUAUAAUUCUGACGGGAGUGUUCAGAAGGACAAAGCGAGACUCGUAGCUAAGGGGUAUUCACAGCAGCAAGGGGUAGAUUACGAGGAAAAUUUUUCACCCGUUGCUCGAUUCGAGACAGUAAGAGUCUUUCUUUGUGUAGCAGCUCAGUUUAAAUUACCGGUGUUUCAACUCGAUGUGAAGUCUGCUUUUCUUAACAGUGAGUUAGAAGAGGAGGUGUACGUCUCUCAGCCCGAGGGUUUUGCAGUUCAUUGUGAAGAAGAAAAAGUUUAUAAGCUGUGAAAAGCGCUUUAUGGGCUAAAGCAGGCUCCACGCGCGUGGUAUAGCAAGAUUGAUGAUUUUUUUCAGUCUAAGGGUUUCAGGAAGAGUAAGAAUGAGCCAACUCUUUAUGUAAUGCAGAAUGGUAACCACUUUUUGGUGGUUUGUCUUAAUGUCGAUGACAUAAUUUAUAUGGGUUCAUCUCAGUCCAUAGUUGAUGACUUUAAGUCUAGUAUGAUGGCAAAAUUUGAGAUGACUGAUUUGGGUGUGUUGGAGUAUUUUUUGGGGCUUGAGGUGACACAAAGGGAAGACGACAUUUUUAUAUCUCAGGAGAAGUAUGCUACUGAUCUGCUAAAAAAAAUUCACAUGUCUGAGUGUGAGUCAGCAACUACUCCUAUGAACAUCAAUGAGAAAUUGCAAUGUAAUGAUGGAACUAAGCAUGCUGAUGGCAGAUUGUACAGGAGUCUUGUGGGAGGAUUAAACUAUCUCACACACACUAGGCCGGAUUUCUCUUUUCCUGUCAGUGUUGUGUCUCGAUACAUGCAUAAUCCAACUAAGAAACACUUUGGUGCCGCAAAAAGAAUCCUCUGAUAUGUGGCUGGAACUGUGGAGUAUGGGAUUUGGUAUACAAAAGUUGCAGAUUUUCAGCUUGUUGGGUUUACCGAUAGUGAUUUGGGAAGGAUGCCUAGAUGACCGAAAGAGUACCUCUGGUAAUGUCUUUAGCCUUGGUUCCGGAGCUAUAACAUGGAGCUCGAAGAAGCAGGAGACUGUAGCUUUAUCACCAUCUGAAGUAGAGUAUGUAGCAGCAACUUCAGCAGCAAGACAAAGUUUAUGGAUGCAAAAAUUACUUGGUGAUGAUUUUCUUAUUGAGCUGGAUAAAGCUACUACUAUUUACUGUGAUAAUAAAUCAUCAAUUGCAAUGGCGAAAAAUCCAGCUUUCCAUAGCAGGACAAGGCAUAUAGAUGUGCAACACCACUUCAUUCGUGAUUUAGUAGCUGACGGGAAGAUCAAUCUGAAGUUCUGUGGUACAAAUGAGCGGGUUGCAGACACCUUUACAAAGUCACUUCCUCAAGCCAAGCACCGGUUCUUUGUGUCUUUGUUAGGAGUGGAUGUUUUUGAAUCGGGGGGGUGUUGGGAUUUGAUUCAAAAAUAUAUAUAUUCCGUACUAUAUGCAGUUUGAGUUUAUUGAGUCAAAGUGUUAGUUGGAGUACUUUUAGGAGUCAAUUAAUUAGUGGGUGUGUCAGUGUGUGGUUCAAUUUUAUUAGGAAAUAGUUAUUCAGUUGUGGGAUAUGAUCCCUACUUUAACGUGAAGUUUGUUUUAGUUUUAGUAGUAUAAAAGUAAUGAUGUAAUCUUCAUUUGAGAUGAGUGCAGCAAUCUGAAAUAUAUUGCAGACAUAUUCUUGUGUCUCUGUCCAUCCAUAAUAUCCAUUACUCUGUUUUUCUAACAGUGGAACCCACUUACAAGGUGAUUUAGAGUUGUGUUCGAUUUUAUAAAUUAUAAAGAGUACAUUUUUACAGACCGUUGUUGUCUUCCUGCUUCACUUUGUUACGAUGCCUCCAUUAAUGACUACAAAGUUUUCCUUGUACCUAUUUGUUUUACUGAGGAUCGUCAUUAUGCAACCUUCUCUGUGAGUUUUGCAUGCUUGAAAAGCAAUGUGUGCAAGGCUUUGGUGUUUCCUCACGGAGUGCAUUCUCUGGGAAGCGGCGUCAACUUUCGCAAUACAUUUUAUUGGUCGGUAUCUCACGAACUCCGGCCUCAGAUUAGGAAUAUCCAUAGACAUUGCAAUAAUAAGAUUGCUUAUUUUGAUCCCGUGAAUGAUGCGUUCAAAAUAUUACCCUCUCCCGAACCGUGUCAUCACAAGGAGGAGGACUGGAUAGUUGGUAUGAGAAUUGUAAACGAUUGCCUUUCCAUGGCUCGUUUGGAUACCAACACACAGACGGUUCAGGUUUUGACUAUGAAAGAAUAUGGAAAUGGAGAGUCUUGGUUUAGAGCAUUUGAUGUCUCUUUGUCCAAAUUUGGUUGGCAUUAUUUGUACAAAUUCACUUUUUUCUCUCUAGAAAAGAAUGGAAAAGUGCUUAUGAAAUACAAUGAUAACAGAGUCCUUGUCUAUGAUCCGGCCAGAGAAGAUAUGUUGACCGUUGAGAGACUUUUACCUGAUUCAGAGACUAAUCACGGCAUGUGCUUCAAUGCACAAAGUUUUGCAUCCCCAUAUGACCAAUUAAGUUAGAGAUAGAUCAUGUAGAUACAUCACAGUCCAUAUUUGUGAUCGUCAAUCGAUGCACCGGCCCUACAUGCUUCUUUUGUUGCUUUUUAAGAACUG